GAUUGACAGCCGAUAGAAGUUUUGAGAAGUCUAAUUAGUUUUGUUCACAGGUUUUCUUGGUGUUUUUAUUUUAGAAACAAGGAAAAGUACUUUAAUAAUAAGUAAAUUGAAAUGGACAAACCUACUGUAACAGAACAGCCUCCCCCAUAUUCGGCAACAGUUCCUCCAGGCGCACCACCACCACCACCUCAACAAGGAGCAAACACUUCAUAUCCUCCACCACCACCUGGUUACACACCAUAUGGUACGAUCCCACCCCCACCUCCAGGAACCACUUACGUUCCCAACUAUGGUGCAACCAGUAUUAUUAUACAACCACCUAUCAUCACCGUGGGGGCCUGUCCUGCUUGCCGUGUUGGCAUACUAGAAGAUGACUUCACUUGUCUCGGUAUACUCUGUGCUAUUCUGUUCUUCCCAUUAGGAAUACUGUGUUGUCUGGCAUUGAAGAACAGGAGAUGCUCUAACUGCGGAGCUAUGUUUGGUUAAAUAUUUAUUGAUUUAUUUAAACCAAUAAGGGUUGAACUACUAGUAUCGCCUUUUUCCGUUCCGUCCAUCAUGUUUUCUGUUUCUCAGAACUACUAUUAAAAAGGUAGUGGUUGUGCGACUAUCUUGCUUUUGCAAAUAGCGGUGAUGAGCGACAGAAAAGGAUGGAGAUAUAGAAAAAGACAACAACGAGCUGCCAGAUGUUGUCCAACCUAAAUGAUUUUCAAAAUGAAACCAAACUCAAAUGAAAUUAAAAGAUAAAAAUGAUUAAAAAAAUGAUUUUAUGAUUUCUAAUAAUUGCUGUGACAUUAUAAUAUAUGAUAAGUUCUUUAAAAGAGCAUAAAUAAGAAUAUUUUGCAUAUUCUAAAUAUUUGUAUCUACUCAAAUAAAUCAUUUAUCUAUUAGUUUAAGAAGUGUCUUGUUUGUUAAUUUGUGUGGUUUUGUUAAAGAGUACUAUUUCGUAUAUACUUAUAUUUUAUUUGUAUAUUGUAGUUUACUAAACUAUUUUCUUGAUAAAUUCGUUUAUUACGUAAAUAAACUUAU